AUUGCGGCGCAGGACUUCAGCUUAUUCUAAUUUCUAACUAAUACAUUCAACCGCUUCUUCUUCUUAUUAUAAUACCUACGCCCUUUCUGACUGUUCACUGGUAAUACCUAGGUAGUUUGUCCGUCUAGGGCGCCAGUACGGACUGAGACGCUUGCCCGGCGCAAGCGCAAAUGCUACUUCUACGUAGAUCCGCGCCACGCCGGCCUUGGUCAGGACAAGGCACAUUGACCGUCGUCGCCGCCUGUCAUUUGCGAAUAUGACAGCCCCAUCUGUACCUCGCAUACGAGCUCGCAAGCCCAAAGUCCGCUCCGGCUGCGCUACGUGCAAAUCGCGAAGGGUUAAAUGCGAUGAAGGCCGGCCGGCCUGUGCUCGCUGCCAGAAAGCUCGGCUGCCUUGCAAAUACAACGCUCCUGAGCCGCAACACGGCCAAAGCAGGACUCAAGAUGGUGUGUUACCGGUAUCUAAUAGCGGCGACGCUGGUUCGCAGUUGGCGCCAGGGAUGCGUUUACAUGAUUUUGAAGGACACGAGGUCUUCUACUUCGACUUAUUCCGCAACGUCGUCGUGUGCAAUCUCUCUCUGAACGGGUAUAAGAACUUCUGGACUCGGACUGUACUUCGCGAGAGCCUCAGAGAUGAAUGCGUACGGGAUUGCGUCCUGGGUACCGGUGCGCUGUGCCGCGCAAUGAUGGACCAGAUUCAUCGUCUGAAGCAGCCGGGGGCGAAGUCUCUUUGGAUGGUCCCGACAGAUUCUCUUAACCCUACUAAUGCUAGAUAUCACAGAGACGCGCUCCAGUUUUAUACCAAGGCCAUCUCAAAGUUUCGAAGGCGGAUGCUGCUCGAAAGCUCGUCUAUUACGCCACGAACAAUCCUGAUUGUCAGCAUUUUGUUCGUCGUGUUCGAGGCGAUGCAGGGCGACACGGAUACCAUCGACCGGCUUAUACACUCUGCCAUACUCGCCUUGGAGAGUUCCAUGUCAGGUAGUAUGACGUUUGGUUCUCGGUUACCGCCGACUCUGGACGACGAGGGCGUCCGCGAAGCAGAUUAUUUCCUCGCGCGCCUGUCUGGAUUCAACUCUUUGCUAUCCCCAUUUUAUCCCGCCAUCCUGAGAAACAAAGCGUAUCGAAGAACUUGGUUGUGCAAAGACGCUAUUCCUAGCAGCGACCAGAGCACGCAGCAGAUAGAGCAUACCUUCGAAAGGUACACGACAUACAUGUUAUUCUGGUACUUUCGCACAGCCCAAACCAAACUUUUCAAUAUCCCGAUGGAUUUAAUGAAAUUCCAGGAGGAACAGGCGCUUGCUAUAGAUCAAACAAAAAUUUGGUGCGAAUUUUUAGAAAGCAAAGUAGACCAGGAGAAGGAUCCCGUCCAGUGCUGGAGUUGGAAUAUUAUGCUAGUAGAGGCGAAGAUGUUUACCGUCCACGUUCGUUACCGCCACGACCCAGAAGAAUUCGAGGCUAUGUGGGAUUCGCAACUCCCCAUCUGCCGCGAAGUCAUCACACUCGCCGAGUCGGUGUUACAAGAAGAGAAUCCGCUUACUGGUGCUCUGCCGCCCCUUUUCGAAGACAAACUGCAACCGAUACUGCGUUCCCUAACAUGCAAAUGCCGCAACUACGACGUUCGGUCGAGGGCGCUAGCUCUCUGCCAGAAGAUAUCUGGGCCCUGGUUUGAGAACAAGGCGAUGGUUGUCGGCAUGAAGAUCCUCGUCGAGUUGGAAGAACGGGAAAGAGACGCUUCUGGGUCGAUCCCCUACCGGUCAAGAUUAAGAUGGACUAUAUCAUCGUGGAACGACGACCGGACAGAACUGCGGAUGGUGCUCACGGGAGUUAUUACGGGCCAUCGUAAGGAAUUAACGAUUCGCAAAGACGAAAGUAUCGAUGACAUGAUUGAGAAUAUAUCUAAGCUAUCUGUCUAGUUGUCCGAGGUGUGAGCAGUUACAAAAAACACAAAGACCUAGGAACACCACAGGCUACUCGACCAAGUCAGAUAUAUAGUAAGAAAGAGAUAAUGAAGACUCAAUACCUAAGAUCAAACACGUACAUAAACACUAUCAA